AUGAGUAUAGGGAUUAGAUGGUUCUUUGCAAUUACAGCACUUACUUACCUAUUUCAGGUUAACCUAGGUAUUCAAAUUAAUACUCAGAGUAAAAAUGAAAUUUUACCAUAUAACAAAAAAGUUACUAAAAGGAAGCUAACUGUUACUGAACUAGCAAAGUUUUCAAUUGGAAAGGAUAGUAAUAUCCAAGAUAGAAGACUACAAAUAUCACUUAGUGAUCAAGAAGUUGGAAAUAGUUCUUUACCAAUAAGUACUUUAUUAAAUAGUACUUUACCCGAGAAUAAACUGAAUUUACAACAUUCUAGUUUAGACAAAAUUUUAAAACAAGAGGAUUUAUCUAAGGAAAAAAAUAAAAAUUCUGAGCUACUCAAUAACUCAAGAUCUAUAUCAACUAAUAUAACAGAAACUACUAAUUUUAUAAAUACUACUACAGUCUUACCAUCAACAAUAUCUAAUAACGAAACAGUUAAAAGUAUUGUACCAAAAACUUUAAAUAGGAAUACAACAAAUGAUAAUAAGAAACCAUUUGAUAAUGUAUUUCAAAUGAUACAGAACCCAGAUUGGGUAGCUACUGAUGGUGAUUAUCAUUUAAUUGAAUUUUUUAGACCAAAUUCAACAGAACCAUUGGUUCGUUUGGUUAGUUUAAGUGUUGCUAUGUAUAAUACUAAACAAGAUACUGAUGAAGCUAAGAAAUUAAUUGAGUUAUUAUUAGGACCAAUUAAGGAAUUUGAUUCAAAAAAUAACAUUAUGACUAAUGAAGAAACAUUUGAUAAAAAUAUGAGCUCUUCUGAAGUAGAAAGUGAGAUUACAGAUUUCUUGGGUAUAUUAAGCAACAUGAUUUUGUUUUAA